GCCCAAUUAUGACCAAGUCCCACAGUUUUGAGAAUUCGAUUCGCCCGGUCCGAGAUGCAAUUCAAUUCUCUUAUCCCGUGCCGUCAAAAUUUCUAGAUUUCUAUUAGCCGCGAGCCACGGCACACGCAUACGGCGACAAUCUCAACGUUGGUCAAUUGACGCCGGUCUUGCCCCCUGAAGCAAUACUUGAGGGCUUCUAGACAUUACGUAGCCGGUCUAUUUAACUUAAUGCUUCUGCGAUGAGCCGAUUACAAUGUCGCCUUUUGGCGGCCACCCGCACUCCCGUAUCCUACUCCCCACCUACCCACCAAUAUGUACGCUCAUUCUCCCAAACAUGUUCGAAGCGGGACGAACCCAAACGAACCCCUUCGCUCCUUAGUAUGCUGCCGCGAAGUAUCCAGUCAACACAACCGAGAGGCCCUCCUCGUCUGGGAGCAUCGGGCGGCGGCGAUAUGAGCGCGCUACAGAGAAUAUUGGCGCAAGACUCCAUCGCGAAAGCGCGAAACCAGCCUACGUCGACCGAACAGAUCCUAAGCAACGAGGACGAGAAAAAGGAGGAUUGGGGACCACCGAAUGAGCCCUUUCACUUCCACAUAUACUCGCACAAACACAAUUGCCACAUCACCGUAACGAAGCCGAACCGCGGUGCCAUUAUCAGCAUGUCGACUGGUAAUCUUGCCUUCAAGAAGGCUAAGCGUGGCACUUACGACGCUGCCUACCAGCUCACGGCAUACGUUAUAGAUAAACUUCACCAGGGGAAUUGGCACAAGAACAUUACGGCCAUGGAGGUUGUUCUACGGGGUUUUGGUCAAGGGCGGGAGGCUGCUACCAAAGUCCUCCUAGGCACUGAAGGUCGCAUGUUGAGAGAUAAGAUAGUGAAAGUGUCAGAUGCUACGAGGCUCAAGUUCGGUGGCACGAGGAGCCCCAAACCAAGAAGAUUAGGCUAAAACAAAAUAACGAAACAAAAAAAAAAAGUAGGAGUGGACAAGUUAAAACUAUGGGGCCAGAUCAGUUUAUCAUCACGUCAGUGCCAAUGUGC